AUGGAGCACGUUAGCCACUUCAAUCAGAAGAUGACCAUAUACACCAGAAACGAGGCUUUGAUAUGCAAGGUGUUUCCCUUUAGCUUCGGCCCAGUGGCAAUGAGAUGGUUCGAUGGACUACAUGAAACGUCUAUUGAUUCCUACAAGGAGCUCACCAAAGCUUUUGGUGCAAGGUUCAUUAUAUGCAAUAGGGUGCCGAGGACAUUGGAUUCCUUGCUAGCGUUGUCGAUGAGAGAGGGAGAAACUUUAAAGACCUACUCGGAUAGGUAUUGGGAACUGUAUAAUAAAUUGGAUGGGGACUUUGAGGACGUUGUGGUACGCAUCUUCAAGAACGGGCUACCCAUCAAGUUCAACCUAUGGGAGUCCCUCACUAGGAGAUCUACUCGAACCAUGAAACAAUUGAUGGACCGAAUAGAUGAGCAUAAAAGGGUAGAAGAUGACUGA